ACCGAGGGAGUGCAACAGUGGCUGCAGACACAGAGCGGGCGAGAGUGGCUACAGACGCCCCACGGUCAAGCGUGGCAGAUGACUCCAGCAGCAUCUGUCUGGGUAACAGUCGACGAAUUCUCGAGCACAUCGGAAGCCAUCAGCGAGUACACAAUCGUCCCAGAAAUACAUUUACGGCCAGCUUUUCAAGCCAUCCAGCAGUUCAAGAACUUGCCGGAUUUCUUGGGCUUUCCGGCAUUCUUGGCAUUUCGACCCCAGGAUCACUCCACACAUGCAUUCCAAGAAGAUCGUCGUUUACCAGACAUAGAGGUCAUCUAUGCUAUGACGGCAUUUGCAAUUUUUGCAAAAGAAGCCCCGGAACGAAGUCGAUUAGCCUCUGACGCUCUGAAGUAUGCAUGUCAAAAUUGGGCCUUCCAUCUCUCGCGAGCUCCUAGUCCACGGGAUGGCAAGCCCGACACUUUGUUCAAGUUCUUCUGGGAUCAUCACUUGCUCGCCUGGCUCGAAAGGCAGUGGUGCUUGAAAGGCUUGCGGUCUUGCCUACUUGUUUUAUCUGAAGGGCAGAAACUUGCAAAGGAACACCUCCUCCAAGCUCCGGGGUCGUCUCAGUCACGAGUCUGAAGCUGUUGAUCUUGUACAUCCUGGUCUUGUUAUUGUGCAUUGAUCAUCUUGAUAUAUUUCUUUUACGUUGCUCCACUGUUUUUAGCUCUCAUACGAAGUAUUUUUUCUCCGCUUCCAGCAGAUCCUCCGCAUCCAAGUCAUUAAUGGACGAGAUAAAUAAAU